UUCCUGUGAUUUUGUUAUGAAUCAUACAAUUACCAUUGUUUGGGAAUAUCAGAACUUAUGCUACUUUAAACUCAUAUUUUCUGAAAGGCUGAUAUUAACUAGAGUAUUAAUAAACUUCUUAAAACUUACACAUUUAUACUGUUAACUGACUACAAAGUAUUAUGGAAGACGUUACUUGCCAAUGGGGGAUUCUAAUAACUCUUGUUCCUAUACUAACCAUAAGAAAGGCGUUAAGUUAAUAACAUGUAAAAAUGUUUUGAAAAGAAAAAAAAAUUGAUGUGCAAUGUAAUAUCAAAACAUUCUUGGAUCUACUUACACAGUUGCUACAAUCUGAAGUUCAAAAUGUAAUGGAUAAAUCUAUAUAGAAAACUUGUUGUGGUUUUUCUGUUUUUACAUUUUUUUUUAUUUUUUGACAGGCAGAGUGGACAGUGAGAGAGAGAGAGACAGACAGAAAGGUCUUCCUUUGCCGUUGGUUCACCCUCCAAUGGCCGCCGCGGCCAGUGUGCUGCAGCCGGCUCACCGUGCUGAUCCGAUGGUGGGAGCCAGGUGCUUCUCCUGGUCUCCCAUGGGGUGUAGGGUCGAAGCACUUGGGCCAUCCUACACUGCCCUCCCUGGCCACAGCAGAGAGCUGGCCUGGAAGAGGGGCAACCGGGACAGAAUCAGGCGCCCCGACCGGGACUAGAACCCGGUGUGCCGGCGCUGCAAGGCGGAGGAUUAGCCUAGUGAGCCGCGGCCCCGGCCCUGUUUUUACAUUUUCUUAUGUCUGGUACUUUUCAGACCUGCCACAGAGCCUUGACAGUAGUGUAGAGCUCAUUCAUCCAAUUUUAAGUACAAGUUGAAGUAUAUAUUAUUUAUUCAUAUGCACAGUGCACUUGGCAAACUAACUGGAAAAUUAGAAUUUUACAACAGAAUUUUAAAAGGCAAUGGUAAGAUGUGAUCGACUUCAGAGUAUGAUAAUUGUCCAAAGGUGCCUGUCUUGCCAUUUCUUCUAGAAUUCCUCUGUUUUUAAUGAUUUGAACAAGCAAUAUGAGUUCUUUGAGAGCAGUAACCACAGUAGUGUUUUUCCCUUUGCAUAUAACCUACAGCACCCUCACCUUUCUGCCAAGUACUUAUGUGCUCCAAAAAUGUCUGCUGGAUUGUUCAGUGAACCAUAAAUUAAUCUUUCAAAAGUAACUGUAAGUAGUUGGCUGUGGCUCAGUGGAUUAAGUUGUCGCCUCUAACAGAGGCAGCAGCACAGCAGAUGUGUUCCAGUAUUAGCGGGCAAUUGGAGUCCUGGGUGCUCUGCUUCUGAUCCAGCUCCUUGGUAAUGUGCGUGGGAAAGCAGUGGAAGAUGGUCCUAGUACUUGGGCUCUCGCCACCUGUCCGGGAGACCCGGAUGGAGCUCUGGGCUCCUGGCUUCCUCCUGUACCAGCCAGGGCUGUUUGGACAUUUGGGAGUGAGCCAGUAGAUAGAAGAUCUUUCUCUCUCCCUGUUACUCUGCCUUUCAAAUUAAAAAAAAAAUUAUAAAGCAGUAGUAACCUUUAUGAAUGGGAUGAUGGUAGUGGUACUGAGGUCUAGUUAAAUGCAUUUUUAUAAAGAUGGUGAGGGUGCUUCAAAUUACACUUGAACUCUUAAAAUGUAGCAGGGCAAUGACUCACCCCAAAAGAUUAUGGGAAGAAGCAAAAACCCAUCAGGCUCCGAUGGCUGGAAUUGCUGCGUUCUGGUAGCUGAUUGGCUCCACAGGUUGCAUGAAGAUGGCUGUGGUGCCCUGCAUAAUAUGUCGGCUUGCAGCUCACGGGUAAAGCGCCAAACCAGCCUGUGGAGUCCCCUGACAAGAGCCAAGCCUCAUCUCUCCUCAGCUGGAGCUGUCCUUAAGAUGAUUAAGAGUGAGUUUGGAAGCCACAGUUGCAUCUCUGCUGAGGGAGGAGCUAGUGGUGGCAAUGACCAACCAUCUGACUGAGGCACAAUGCCUGUUACGAUGGUGAGAUCCAGGGCCCUCCAACAGGUUAUACCUUGUUAUGUAAGCCAGCUGCUCGCCUCGGUUGAUAAUGUGUUCAAGAUUAGACGAAUUGAGAUUUCCCAGGUUUCUGUCAUGGGGAUAAUCAGGAAGGUGGAGAGGGCUCCAAACUAAAUUCUCUGCAAAAUUGAUGAUAUGACCAAGCCAAUCCCGGUUUGGCAGUCACUUGGUAAAAAUAAAGUGAAGCAGGAAGCUACUGUGCUGCCAGUUGGAGUAUAUGCCAAAGUGUUUUGUGUCCUUCAGUUGUUCAUGGGAGCAAAAAGCCUUGUAGUAUUGAAAAUCCAUGUCCUGGAGGAUAUGAAUGAGUUAACCAUGCAUGUUCUGGAAAUGGUCAGUGCAUACAUGAUGCAGAAUAAAGCCCGCCAAGGGGAAAGCUGACAAAAUGAAGAUGGCUAUGAUGUCAGCUGCAUCUGGAAGGAGGUGCUCCACUCGAUUCACAUGUGUCCUCACCAGGAAGGGAAGAGCGUACAGGAGCUGCAGACCCAGCUCUGUGGUCUGAGCGAGAAGGCCAUCAAGGAAGCCAUUGAUUAUCUGGCCACCGAGGGUCGCAUCUAUCCCACCGUUGACAAGGAGCAUUUUAAAUCUAUUAAGGCAGCAAAAGCAUCUCAUUGUCUGAAGAUGUUUGCCUCUGGCUGCGAGUUAUUUUGACCCAUUGACUUUUAGGAAGUAGGAUUUUUCAACAGAAGCUCUCCACUGUUGAUGUACAAUUUAAUACUUUAUCCUUUUUAGUAUUUUUUGUUCUACUUAAUACUAUUGGUUGAAUCUGUAAUUAACACACAAUUAUUCUUAGGUGUUUAAAUUUAACUGAAAAGGGAUCCCUGUUAAAUAUAAGAGUGGAAAUAAGAUAGAGAGGAGAUGUACAAUUUGGGACAUGCUCAAGCUGACUUGCCCCAAAUGGUAGAAUUAGAAAUGUGCCACAGGCUUCCAAUACAAUCCCAUCAAGGUGGCAUGUACCAAUGCCAUCUCACUAGUCCAAGUGAUCAAUUUCAGUUCAUAAUUGAUCACACUGAUAGGUCUAAGAGUCAAAGGGAUCAAACAAACAAGACUAGUAUCAGCUAAUACUAACUGAUAGAAUCAAAAAGGGAGAGAACGAUCCCCCAAACUAUCGAUAUUUGUUUAAGCAUAUGAGACAAACUUUUCUUCCUCUCCAAAGCCAAGAAAUUGUAUAUGGUGUUCUUGUGAAAAACACAAAUGUAUAAUGUACUACAAAAUUGUUACUUAAAUUAUACAUUUUUGAAAAUUGUAGUCUUCAGAAACUUAAGCAAUUCUGAGCCACUGUUAAAGCUUACCUGUCUUGGAGACAUUCAUAGUGAACUAGGGGCCAUAGGGGGCAUAUUUUUUCCUCAAAAUUGCAGUACUGGAAGAAUUCUAGGAGACACUGUAGUUCUUUUAAAAAAAUAAAUGUUACAAAUAUUGGUAUAAAUUUGGCACUUUUAGGGUUUUUUUUUUAAGAUUUAUUUAUUUAUUUGAAAGGUAGACUGACAGGGGAGAGACAGAGAGAGAAAGAUCUUCAAUCUCCUGGUUUACCCCCAAAUGUCUGCAACAGCUGUGGCUGAACGAGGCCAAAAGCGGGAGCCAGGAAUUCCAUCCAGGUCCCCCACACUGGUUGCAGGAUCCCAAGUGCUUGGGCCGUCAUUGGCUGCUUCCCAGUAGCAUUAGGAAGAAGCUGCAUUGGAAGUGAAACUGGUUCACAUGCACUUUGAUAUGGGAUAUGGAUGUCCCAAGCAGCAGCUUAAUCUGCUUUGCCAUAGUGUCCAUUCCACAAUAUUUCUUUGACAUCACUUAUACAAAUGCAGAAAGCUUGAGAUAAAAAUCUGAUACUUAAAAUUGUAACUGUCUCCUGUAGCUACUUUUUCCUCCAACUCUAGGACUGUACCUCCAGGACUAGAAGAGAAGAGCCUUUUUUUUUGUUUGUUUGUUUUCGUGGGAAGUUAAACUGCUUUUGUGCUUACAGAUUGGUACAUUGAGAUAUGUAUGCCUAAAUUUAAGGCAAAAUGCUGAUUUCCCACUCAUCUUUGAUAGGUGUCAUCUCUCUGUGUUCUUUUGGGGUUCUUUUUGGCUUUGUGAACUGCCUCACUCCCUACACACACACACAGACACACACACACACACACACACACACACCUUGCCACCUUUAUUCUUCUGAGUGGAAUCAUGUGGUUUUGUGGGAUUUUACUGCAGAUGAAGAACUAUAGUAGAAGAAUAGUAAAUAGAUAUGGCUAUUAUAUGAAUGGAAAUCAACAAAAAAUUUUAAGGAGAAAACAAUUCCUAGAUUAUUUCAUACUUGCAUAUUUGGCACGUUAGGGGUAACAGAUUUCCAAAAUUUAAUUUAAAUCGCCCACUUGGCAUGCACACUUUUUCAAUUUUGUUUAAGCCAGGAAUGACUUGGCCAAUGUUCUCCUUCUAUGGUCCUGCCCUGUAUGUGAGCCAAAUCUUUGAGGGGAAGGUUUGAGGAUAAGACACAUAUCCUAGGAAAAUACUGUCAACUCUUUUAUGUAGGAAUAUUUAAGCUAGAGGAACUUGAAAUGCAUAAUUGACUAUUAUAAUAGGUAUUGUUUGUGGCUCAUAGACAUAUAAAAUAUAUAUAUUGAAAUUGAUUCUAAAUUAACUAUGAAAUAUAUGAAUAUUUGUAUAUAUUUGUAUAUAUGAAAAUUUGUAAAAUCCAAAUAAUACUAGUAUCAGAUAUAAUUAUUAUUGAAUUUUGUUACUUUUGUUUAUUAAUUUGGUAAUAUUUUGAGCUAUUGGAAAAAUAUGGGAUACAAACUCUUUUUGUUCUAAUUUCUGUUUGCUUGUUAUAACAGCAAAUCAAAAAUGGAACCACCAAGAAUUAUUUUCAUUCAUUAAAUCUUUAGUAAACACCUAUUCUGUGCAUUUAAGUGCCAAGUUUGUUUUCAUAAACUUCAAUUCAAUUGACUCCUGAAAUGGUUAUUAAAGUAGUAACAGUUAACAUUUUACCAUUCAUGUAAAACCUUUCUGGCAUGUGCUGUUCUAACCUGAGUGUGUGUGUAUGGAAGUAUGGUUAGGCCUACAUUGACAUUCCCAACUCAGAACUCUCAUGAAAUUCAGACUCCAUAUUAAGUGUGUUCUUGAAUGCCCUACAGGCCUCUUUAAAAAUAUUUAAAAAUAAUAAAAAGAAACAUGUAUGACAGAACUUAAAUCAUGGAAAAUGGAAUUAAAACAUAGAGAAGUUUAUUUUCAUAAAAAAUGUUUGAAGUCCUUGCAUACAGUGGGUCUUCAAAAAGUUCAUGGAGAAUAUAUAUUAUGAAAAAUUUUGAAAUCCGUGAAAUUUUUUCAUAACAUGAAUUUUCAUAAUCUUUUUGAAGUAUUCUUGCAUUUAUAAUUCUUCAAUGUUUUUAAGACUUUGAAAUAUACAUAUAAUUUUAGUAUUAUUCCCAUUAUAUAUCUGUGUAUAUAUGUAGUUUACAUAUAUAUGUGUGUAUGCAUAUGUGCGUGUGUGGUGUAUGUUGUGUGUAUGUGUGUGAUUUGUCUGAGAAGCAGAAAGAAAGACAGUGACACAGGCAGCUCCCAUCCACUGGCCCAUUCCCCUAAUGGCCACAAUUGCAAGUCCUUGGCCCAAGGCUGCAGCCAGUUGCUAGAAACUCAAUCCAGGUCUCUCAUGCGGGUGGCAGGGACCCAUCUCCUGUUCUCUCCCAAGAUCUGGGUUGACAGUCAGCUGGGAUCAGGAGGCAGAGUCAGACUUCAAACCCAGGGGCUCAGAUAUAGGACAGAGAUUUUUUUUUAAUUUUUUUAACUUUUAUUUAAUAAACAUAAAUUUCCAAAGUACAGUUUAUGGAUUACAAUGGCUUCCCCCCCAUAACUUCCCUCCCACUCGCACCUCUCCCAUCUCCUGCUCCCUCUCCCAUUCCAUUCACAUCAAGAUUCAUUUUCAAUUAUCUUUAUAUACAGAAGAUCGAUUUAGUAUAUAUGAAGUAAAGAUGUCCUCAGUUUGCACCCACACAGAAACACAAAGUGUAAAAUACUGUUUCAGUACUAGUUAUAGCAUUACUUCACAUUGGAUAACACAUUAAGAACAGAUCCCACAUGAGAAGUAAGUACACAGUGACUCCUGUUGUUGACUUAACAAAUUGACACUCUUGGGCCGGUGCCGCGGCUCACUAGGCUAAUCCUCCGCCUAGCGGCACCGGCACACCGGGUUCUAGUCCCGGUCGGGGCGCCGGAUUCUGUCCCGGUUGCCCCUCUUCCAGGCCAGCUCUCUGCUGUGGCCAGGGAGUGCAGUGGAGGAUGGCCCAGGUGCUUGGGCCCUGCACCCCAUGGGAGACCAGGAAAAGCACCUGGCUCCUGGCUCCUGCCAUCGGAUCAGCACGGUGCGCCGGCCGCGGCGGCCAUUGGAGGGUGAACCAACGGCAAAGGAAGACCUUUCUCUCUGUCUCUCUCUCUCACUGUCCACUCUGCCUGUCAAAAAAAAAAAAAAAAAAAAAAAAAAAAAAACCAAAUUGACACUCUUGUUUACGGCAUCAGUAAUCUCCCUAGGAGGGCAGAGAUAUUUUAACCAGCAUCUUAAGUGUCAGGCCAAUUGCCCAUCCCUGUUCCCAUUUUAUAAAUGAGGAAAUUGAGGCUCAGAGAGGUUAAAUAAUUGGCUCCAUUUUUAAUGUUACAUGGUUAGUAAAUGUCACCAUUAAGAUUCCAACCUAGACCAUUUGUCUCUAGAGCAUGGACCAUUAACGGCUACUUUAUUGCCUCACGAUAAGGAAAGUCUGUUCAAACAUUCUCCUUUCACUGUUGUCACAUACUAAUUUUUUUGUUUCAUUAAAAUUUAUCUCAAUUGAAUUGAAGGACUAUGAAAUUUUAGUAAAAAGUAUAAAAGAUGAUAUAAAAACACCUUUGUACUCACCUACCAGCUUAAGAAAUGAAGGUUUCAUAUUUUUUUAAAGAUUUUCUUUAUUUAUUUGAGAGGUAGAGUUACAGACAGUGAGAGGAGAGACACAGAGAAAGGUCUUCCAUCCGCUGGUUCAUUUCCCAAAUGGCCGCAACGGCUGGAGCUGCGCCGAUCCGAAGCCAGGAACCAGGAGCUUCUUCCCGGUCUCCCACGUGGGUGCAGGGGCCCAAGGACGUGGGCCAUCUUGUACUGCUUUCCCAGGACAUAGCAUAGAGUUGGAUGGGAAGAGGAACAGCUGGGGACUAGAACCAGCGCCCAUAUGGGAUGCCGGCGCUGCAGGCAGAGGAUUGACCUACUGCGCCACAGCGCUGGCCCCGGUUUAAUUUUUUUAAUGUAACUUAGAUUGUUAAUGACAGCAUAACACCAUUUGGGUUUUUGUUUCAUUGAUAAAAAAUUCAUCUGAGGAGUGAGCAUUUAGCUUACUAGUUAAGAUUCUGGCAUCCCAAGUAGAAGCACCUGUGUUCAGUUCCCUUUUCUGGCUAUUGAUGCCAGCUUCCUUCUAAUGCUGACUUGGGAAGGUAACACUGAUGGAUCAAGCAAGUGGAUUGCUGCCACCUACAUGGAAGACCGGGUUGAGUUUCCGGUUCUGGGAUGUGGGGGAGGGGAUGGGGAUGUGGGGACCUUGCUCAGCCUCAACCCUUGGUAGCAAUUUACGAGUGAACUAGCAGGUGGUGCUCUCUUGCAUGUACACAUUCAUACUCUGUCUUUCUGCCUUUUAAAUAAAUUUUUAAAAAUUUAAAAAAUCUGAAAAUUCCAUUAUCUAAAUCUAUGCUUCUAUUUUUUGAAGUAUGUUAUCUUAAGAGUAUAUGUCAUUUCAUUCAGAAGCCUAUCUUUUCUGAUGACCAUGUAGAUCAGUGUGGUGAAAUUUAGACCUCCCUUGCCUACGCAACAAGGAUGAUAACUCUAAGGGUACUUCCCGUGGUUUCCAUAUAUUUAUUUCAAUUUGCUCUCACGUGAUAAGAGAAAAAGCUUUGUGUUUUUUU